CUUUAACCUUCCCCAUAUUGUCAUCUUCCUGUUGAGCUUGCAUAUGAAUUUUAUCUCUUUUGCACUCGAAAAAUGCCCAAAAGUAGAGCUGUUACACAUGCUGAUCUUGCGCCGAGUCCUCCUGGCACAGAAUUGAGUAGCAAAACUGCUGUUUUUCUCAUAGUCUUGACCAUUCUCUCUGGCUUAUGUUGCUUUAUUCUUUGUCUCAUAGCCGAAGCCACUCGUUCCCAGAUGACAUGGGAGAAGACGGAGAGUGAAGGCAAAGAAAAUGAAUGUGUGUACAGUGGCAGCGGGAAGACGCCAUUGUUGUGCGCUGCAAUUGCAUUUGUUGGAUUAGCAGUGGCCAUGGUGGUGGAACAUAUGUUCAUGUUGAUCGCAGUUAGCAAAUCGCCGCCUCUGGCUUUGGUCUCUUGGGAUCCUGAUGUUUCUCCAGUCAAGAGUUUGACAUGGCAAGCAGGCUUUUUCUUUGUUACAACUUGGAUUUGUUUUGCGGUUGCGGAGAUUCUGUUGUUAAUUGGGCUAAGUAUAGAGUCAGGCCAUUUGAAGAACUGGUCCAGACCAAGACCAAGUUGUCUAAUAAUCAAAGAAGGCUUGUUUUCUGCGGCUGGAAUUUUUGCGUUAAUGACAGUCUUCCUUGCAGCCGGUCUAUACUUGACAGCAUUGCGCGCACAGAAAGUAUCCGAACAACACGAAAACGUGCGGCGAGAGGUUCUCGAGGUCUCUGCACUCUUUGUUUCUCCACCACGAUCACCCCCCCUUACCACCAUUGCAAGAGAGAAUCCAGUACGCAGAGACCCCCAACUUGAACACCGCCAGGAGCCCUCUUCGGCAUUUUCUUCAGCUUUUAACAAGCACUCAAAUAUAGUGUAAUGUGUAUAGCACCAAAGAAAUUCAUUGGGCUCCAUUUUUAUGCAAAUAAAAUAGAGAAAGAAACAAAAUGUACACAUUAAUCAAACUGUUCUGUGCAUAAAUUUAA